UAGAUACAGGCACACACUCAGACACAUCCAGCUGUCCCAGACACAGCCUGGGGGGGAGCUUGCUGUCACACUUUCCAUGCUGCCUCCAGUCUCUGCGCUGCUACAGACAGCUCUUGCUAAUGAUUGUGCCUCCUCGCCUCUGCUUGUGCUGUGGGACUUCCCUGGAUCUUGGGGAAAUGCUGAGUGGAUCUGAGCUGAGUGGAUCUGAGAGGAUACCAGAACAGCUCAUAUAAUAAAGACGGGAAUGCAGGAAGGAAGCAGGCUAAAUCGUUCUUAUUUUAAAGACAGGGCAUCCAAAACCUGGCAACGUCUGAGGAGGAGAUUGUCUGCUCCCCUGGAGCUGGACCUCGAGGCUAAGAAAGCGUGUGAUUGGCUGCGGGCCGCUGGGUUUCCUCAGUAUGCCCAGCUUUAUGAAGAUUCCCAGUUCCCAGUUGAUAUCUCCUGUGUGAAGAGAGACCACAGCUUCUUAGACGAGGAUUCCCUCAAAUCCCUGUGCAGGCGGCUAAUGACACUUAAUUCAUGUGCUCCUAUGAAGCUGGAAGUUCAUUAUCGAAAGCAAAAUGAAGACUCUGAUGAGGAUGACCAGUGUGCAAUCAGUGACCGCUGGGCCUUCCAGAGGGACCAGGGACGCUGGUCUCGCCUGGACUCUGUUGAACUGCUGUCUCCGACAUAUGCUGGACCACCAACCAUAAAGAGCACCUCUAGCCGUGACAGUAUCCUGACAGACCUCAGCACAGAAUUAGAGGCCACCUCAUUGCAGAGUGCAGGAAGCAGUCGGGGUGGCUUGGACAUUGUGGUAAUUCCCCCACAGGGUAUGUCAUCUGUGUCCAGCUCUCCUGCACCUUCCAAACCAUGUAGGAGCCUUAGUGAUCAGUCUUUGGCUCCUCAGCGCCGAGGACUUAAGGAGAAAACCAAAAAGAGGAAGACCAGGGGGUUCCUGAAGCGCAUGGAAUCCCUGCGCAGAAGAGAAAAAGACAAAGGCAAAAAGGAGGUGCCGUCAGAUAGUGCUCUUGAUGACUCUGGAAGGGAAACCCUGAGCUAUGCCAACCACUGUGCAGAUGAUGGAGAUUUCCCAGUUUUUGAGAAGGACUUUCUCCAUCCCGGUUAUAGGACUAAAUGUGCAUCUAGUGGCAGCAUUAGAAAGCCUCACCUGGAUGGGCAGUGCAGGGGGGUUUACUUGGAAGACUUUGAGAUGGUCAGAAAAGAUGGCAUACGGCAAAGAAACUCUCAAAAAUCUGACCGUCUUGUGUGCAUCCCUACAGACCAUAAGCCUGGCACAUUUCCUAGGGCUUUGUCCAUUGAGAGCCUGUGUCCAGCCAGUCGAGUACCACUGGAGAGCUGGAAAAUGGGCAGUAAAUCAUUGGGACAAUCAGUUUGUAGCAGUAUGGACUCCCAUGGCCUAGAGGGAAGGCCAAGGAGGGGUUCCUACAGUUCCAUAGGUAGUCGUUCAAGUAUUUAUGACAAUGUUCCUUGCUCGCUUUCUGGUAGUGGGGAUCACUUAGAAUUGGGAGGAAGUAGUGAUCUGUUUGGCCACUUGGAUGAUGUUCUUAAUCAUGUUCGGGGUCUCCAGCGGAUGGUGGAGCUGUGGUCACGGACUGUAUGUCCAGAGCUCGAUGAGGGCACUGACUCUGGGGGUGAGCAGGCUGGGCAUCUGGCCUAUGAGGAGAGAUCCAUAUCAGAUGUGGGGACAUCAGCCAGUGACUUUGACAGUACUGGAAACUCUCUUAACGAGACUGAGGAGAACGAGAUGAGGGAGAGGAGAGACUCUGGAGUUGGAGCAUCAUUAACCAGGCCUUGCAGGAAACUACGCUGGCAUAGCUUUCAGAACUCGCACCGGCCAAGCCUCAGCUCUGCAUCGCUGGAGAUUAACAGGCAGUCAGCUGCACAGCUCAACCUCCUGCAGAAGCUCUCUCUGCUCAGACUCACCGCCAUCAUGGAGAAGCAUUCGGUGCCCAGCAAGCAGGGUUGGGCAUGGACAGUGCCCAAAUUCAUGAAGAGAAGUAAAGUCCCUGACUACCGAGGUAGAGCUGUGUUUAGUGUCCCCCCAAUAAUCAAUGUGCAGAGGACAGGCCAGCCACUACCACAGAGCAUCCAGCAGGCAAUGCGCUAUAUUCGCAGCCAGUGCCUGGACCAGGUGGGAAUCUUCAGGAAAUCCGGGGUGAAAUCCCGCAUCCAGGCCCUGCGACAAAUGAAUGAGUCUUCUCCAGACCAUGUCAGUUAUGUGGGCCAAUCUGCCUAUGACGUGGCUGACCUGCUGAAGCAGUACUUCCGAGAUCUGCCCGAGCCCAUCUUCACUAGCAAACUGACCGACACAUUCCUGCAAAUCUAUCAGUAUGUGCCCAAGGAACAGAGGCUGCGGGCAGUCCAGGCUGCUAUCCUGCUCAUGCCAGAUGAAAACCGGGAAGUUCUGCAGACGUUACUGUAUUUCCUGAGUGAUAUCUCCUCCGCUCAGAUAAACCAAAUGACACCUGGGAACCUGGCUGUUUGCUUGGCACCCUCUCUAUUCCAUCUCAAUAUCUCCAAGAAAGAGACCUCAUCCCCCAGGGUCAUGCACAGAAGAGGAACAUCUGGGAAGCCUGGGCAUAAGGACCUUAGUGAGAACCUGGCAGCCACUCAAGGGUUGUUGCAUAUGAUAACUGAAUGCAAGAAACUUUUCCAGAUUCCUCAUGACAUGAUGCUGCAGUCGCGCAAUUCGUACGUAGCUGCGGAUGCUCAUCCUUUGUCCUUGGAAGAACUUGCUGGGGUCUCAGAGGGGGAACCCCAAGAGUUAUCAUCUGUCCUGGAUAACAGUAUUCAGAGUCUCCUUCAGGAGUCUGUAGAGCGCUUCAAAGGGUGGGUGACCAUGUCCAGCCCAGAGAAUACAGAAUUGUCUUGUAAGAAGCUUGGGGACGGAAACCCUCUGCGUGUGUGGAAGGUGUCAACCGAAGUGGAAGCUCCUCCCAGUUCUCUGCUGCACCGCGUGCUACGAGAGAGACACCUUUGGGAUGAUGAUCUCCUUCAGGGGAAGGUGUUGGAGACCCUGGGGCAAAACACUGAGAUCUUUCAUUACGUUACUGACACUAUGGCCCCUCAUCCACGGAGGCAGUUUCUCGUACUCAGGAAGUGGCGGACUGACCUACCUAGAGGAGGCUGCCUGCUUGUGUCCACAUCUAUUGACCACAGCACCAGGCAGCUGGAUGAAGGAGUACAAGCUGUCAUAUUGAGCUCCCAGUAUCUUAUGGAGCCAUGUGGAAUGGGGAGAUCUAAGCUAACGUACAUCUGCCGGACUGACCUACGGGGCCGAUCCCCCGAUUGGUACAACAAAGUCUUUGGACACCUGUGUGCCAUGGAAAUUGCACGGAUUCGGAACUCUUUCCCUCCACUUAAUCCAUGUGGGCCGGAGACACAACUGUGAAGAAUGGGCAGGUGUUUCAUCCAGUAAAAAGAUGUUCAGCUGUGCCCAACAUCAGUGCCUAACACUAGUAACCUUACCUGUGUAUGUUACAAACAGAGCUAAUUGAAUCCCCGUGCCAUGUCCAGAAUGGAACCAUUGCUCUUGGUGUGUCGUAUCUAGAGUGGAUGUAGUUCCAAAUCAGUUGUACAGAUCAUUUUAUGAGAACGUCUGCCUGAGGAGAACAUGGUCAACAUGGCAGUGAUAGAUUCCAUGGAAUGGGGAAGAAUAUGGUCUGCACAGGCCAGAGAAAUAGAGGAUAAUGCAUCUGUCUGAAGUGCUUGGUUGGCAGAGGCAGGGGAACAAGACAGCGUUGCAUAAAGCAUCCAUCAGAGGAAACCUGGUCUGCUCAGAUGUGAGGAAUAGAAGACUCUACGGUGAACCCAACUGCCUGUCAGCCUGUUCACGAACAGGGCAGUAACAUGUAUGAUGUAUAAACACAAGGAGGAGGAGAUGUUUCAAGCUGCCAUGUCAUUGGACUAAACCCUAAUAAUAAUGGAAUAUACAGAGACAGAGAGAGUUUUUAUCGGAAAGCGCUUGUGGACUUGUAUCGUUCUGCUGGCGGCUUUUAUCUAUAAUGACCGCAGUCGCACAAACCAAGAACACUUGCACUGCUUUUUCAGGAAGGCAUUAACUAGGAUCAGUAUUAUUUUGAAAUAAGUGAUUAUAUUUUUAUCUGUGUCUUUAUGUGUUUUAACUCAGCGAUACCUGUAAGCAGGCUUUAUAUGUCUGUCCAGUCAGUGUUUGGCCUUUAGUCAGGGCACAAUGUCAUAGGUGGUGGUGGGGUGUCUGGGUGGGGGUGCAGUUGAAUAGUAAGGCUUUGACCAGGUCAGAUGCAGAGCAUUGGUCUGUGUGUGUCUGUGCCUUAUACAUGUCUAAAUAUUUAUGGUACCUGCUUAAGAGUAGAACAGAGUAGUUAUAGCAUGGAUCAUGGCUCAGCAGUUGCUGUUUAGGGAGUCGCACUAUGGCAUAGACUAUGCCUUGGCUAUACCUCUCCAGAUAAAUCUUUGCACACUGGGUUUGCUGGAGAGAAAUCCAUUUUAAAUGAACGGGUUGCCACAUUGGCACUACAUAAUAGGUGGAAUUGCUAGUGAAAUGACAAAUAGAAUUGUAUAAUGCCCAAUGGGGAACUCUAGAUUCCUUAAAGCUAAGUACAGGGAUUGGGUAGAUAUUUGAAGGAACAUGUUGACACAUCUGCAUCUAAAUGGCACAACUGAUGUUUAGUAUAAUAGAUCCCUGUGCACCGGAGACACUGCCAGUACAUUGCUACGCACAGUUUUAUUACAGUGACCCUACAUGGGCCAUUAGAACAAUUCAUGACAGGGUGGUAAUGCCACUGCAGAUAUUUCCAUUGACAGCUGCCUCUUCCACAAAAGCCAGGGCAGAGCUUUAACAGGUCAUUGACAUUUCUGGGCAGGUGUCUCCUGCAGGGGAGCGGGCGAGGGUUAAGAGAUUACCCUUACAAAAAUGUUACUUUCCUUAGCACCGAUUCUGUUGUGUUAGCAGUCAGGACUUUAUAGCUAUGCAAUGGGCAAACUCUGCAAGUAGGAUAUUGCUUAGUAUGUUUGUGUGAGGAUAUUGCAUGUGUUAGAUGCUUCGGUGGUGAUGGGGACCAUAAUUCUCCAGUACUGUAAACUGCUUUUUUUAAAACCUGCUUUAAAGGGCCAGUAACACCAGUGUUAGUGCUCAGUGCUGCUGCUGAGCUGUUCUGAGCACUUGCACCUUAUUAAUCAGAAUGAUGUUCUAUGGGAGAGUUUUGAAAAAUAGGGGAAAUCCUUCAGUAGAUGGCACAGUAUCUUUUUAAAUGUCUUUAUUUAGUAGGGCUUUCUGGCUCAAGUUGUCAAUAUGCAUUAUUUAAAGCUCCAUUAAAAACAAUAGGAUUUGAGAGUAGAUGGGUUGAAAGGGUGAUUGGAAAUACUGUGCAGUAAAUGUGCUCCAUGGGGUAACUAUCGGGGAGCUGCCCUUGUGACUGAGGGGGGAUCUGGUAGGGACUGGCAGAAUGGUAUUUUGCAGGUUGCGCUUGUAGAGAGAGUAUUUGGUUUGGCAGCAAGGGGGCCUUGGGUUUGUGGGGGGCCCACGGCAAUAAGUAAGGUUACACACCCCCACCCUGGGAUGCAAAUGGAUACGUCCAACAUAUAUGAAUAUUACUUUCUGCGCAGGUGUUACUGGCCCUCAUUCAGUCUAGGAGCAAUCAUAGCAAUAGUCGAUGAUCCACUCACUUUUGUGACCGAGUUGAGCCUCAGAUUUGGGGAUAAAUUUGCCUUUCUCAUAAGCCAAAUGUCUAAAGGUGAUUUUGUUCUAUAAAUAAUGUACAGUUAAAUGAUAAUAUAUUGUUUUUAUACUGUUCUGCCACCAGAUGACUGUGCCGGCUACAGCACAGUCUUAGCAAUGUUUUUAUUUAAGGGAAGUUUUGUAAUAUAAUCUGCUUUUAUUGACAGGAGAUAUAAUAUAAUCCCCCAAAAUAUCGAU